GUAACGUUGACUUGGUCUCUGUUUAGAUGAAGAAGAUAGGCUUUUGAGUUUUUGUAUGGUUGAUUAUAAAUUGUCAGUAUCAAGUAUGAAGCUACUCAUUCUGCCUCUAUAAUAUCAAUAAUUAUGGGCGACGGCAAUGAAUCUCAACCCUCGACCUCCUCCUCCAUAGAAUGGUCACAACCAUGCCGUCCCUUCGAAUUCCCUGAGAUUCUCUCAGCAACCAAUAACUUUGAUGAAUCAUUAGUAAUUGGGCAUGGGGGAUUUGGAAAGGUUUAUAAAGGUAACAUUAUCAACGGAUCAAAUGUUGUUGUUGCUGCCAUUAAACGACUGGAUUCCAUGUCCUCUCAAGGUGCAUCGGAGUUCUGGGCGGAAGUUAAGAUGCUUUCCAAGUUGCGUCACUGUCAUCUCGUGUCUCUGUUUGGUUACUGUAAUCACGAGAAAGAGAUGAUCAUCAUCUAUGAAUACAUGCCCAAUGGAACCCUCGAAGACCACCUCCAUAAACUUGGAACCCCUCUUUCUUGGCUUCAACGACUCAAGAUCUGUAUAGGUACUGCUCGUGGGUUAGAUUACUUACACACAGGUACUGGGAUUGAGUUUGGUGUCAUACAUCGUGAUGUCAAGAGCUCUAAUAUUUUGUUACAAGACAACUGGGCAGCUAAAAUCUCAGACUUCGGGUUGUCCAAAAUAGGGUCAACGAAUCGGCCAUCUACUAUUGUCAACACACUUGUUAAAGGAACUUUUGGGUAUAUUGAUCCAAAUUAUUACACAACUGGAAGGUUAAAUAGGAAGUCUGACGUGUACUCUUUUGGGGUGAUAUUGCUGGAACUGUUACGUCGGAAACGUGCGGUGGAUGAAACUCUUGAUGAGGAGCAAUGGGGUUUAGUGCCAUGGGCUCAAGAAUCAAUAAAACAGGGCAAUUUAAAGAAUAUAAUUGAUUAUAGUAUACGGCGUCAAAUAUCCCCAAAAUGUUUGAGGAAGUUUGUUCGAAUUGCAGAGAGAUGUUUGCACAUUAAUCCAAAGCAGCGUCCUACCAUGGCUGAGGUUGUGGUGGUUCUUGAUUCUGUACUGACCUUACAACAGAAAAUUGACAGUUCCUUUCAAGCUGCUGGUAAAACGAUAUAUGGAAGAAUGAUGUAUAUGCUUCCGUUACCCUUCCAAGGAGAGAAUUUGGCCAAUGAUGAUUCAAGGCUAUCAAGUAAUAGCAAGGACAACAACGAUUCCACAAAUCCUAUGAAAGUAUUUAAGUUUUCUGAUUUGGAAAGGAGUACAAGCAACUUUAGUCAAGAUUUGGUCAUCGAUAGUGAUGGUUAUGGUGAGGUGUUCUUAGGUUGGGUUGAUGAGAAAACAUUUGCCCCAUCAACAAAGGGUGUUGGAAUUACUGUUGCUGUUAAGAAGUACUCUAAAGGUUUUCCACAAUGGCUGACAGUGGUGACUAGCUGUGUACCGUUGGCUCAUCCAAAUAUUACUAGUCUCUUGGGAUACUCUGAUGAUGAAAAGCCUAAUUGCUUGCUUGUUUACGAGCACAUGGAUAUGCAUAAGAUCCAAAAUUUUAGUCGCUACUUAUUCGGGAAUGUUGUCGAACCACUUUCAUGGAAAAGACGCCUUAGGAUAAUGAUAGGAGUAGCCCAUGGACUCGAUUAUUUGCACUCGUCAAAAGAGCAAGUCGUACACGGUGGUAUUAAAACCUAUAAUAUAUUGCUGGAUCAGUUUAAUGCGAAACUCGGGUAUUUUGGUUCUGCUAAAUUGCACUAUAAAUUCCAUGAAUUAGAUGACAUGGAAGAUGCUACUAGAAGUGACAUGAAUAUCAUAGGUGAUUUACAAGCAAGGGAUCAACAUACUGGUGAUUUGACUGUGAAAGGAGAUAUCUAUAGUUUUGGAGUGGUGUUGUUUGAAACCCUAAAAGGCCAGCGGGCAUGGGUGACGAAGUAUGGGUUCACUUUGGUAAAAUGGGUAUUGCCAUUUUUAGAUGACAUAAGCAAGCUAAGACUUGUAAUAGAUCAUCGUCUUAAUCAAAAUUAUCCUAUAGAAGGUGCGUUUAAAUGCAUUGCACUCGCAACAAGAUGUGUAGCCGAAGAUCCUAAUGAUAGGCCUUCAAGUAAAGAAAUUUUGAAGAGCUUGAAACAAAUAUAUUCCCAUAACAAAUAGUGGAUAAAAGAUAUGAUCUCAUAAUUCUUAGAUUUUGGUUGUUUAAUGGGAGACACUUGUUUAAACUUUAUUUGUUUUGGCCUUUUAGUUGUCUUGUUUAAAUUCUCAUGAUAGAUGAAGAGUCAAUUUUUUUGCUUUA